AUGGCGGACGAAGGAAACAUGCCUGAGUGCGGCUAUGACCCUUACAACCCCGAACUCCCCAACCCCUCGGGCCAAAGCAGAAAUGGGAGCUUGGAGGACGUUACCGACUCGGCCCCGGGCAUUCUGGAACUGGAGCUGGUCAACCAGGCGAUCGAGGCGGUCAGAAAUGAAGUUGAGCGGGAGCAGAAGAAGUACGAGGAACUUCUGGAGACCACUAAGGAGUACGGCGCGUCCGAGCCGCUGUCACUGGUCUCCAAGACUGCCGGGCCAGCUUCCGUGACCAAAGCCAAGUCCUUCGCUUCCUUGGAAUACACCCCAAGUAGCUACAGCACGAGCAGCAGUGCCGACUACAAUCCUACCCCUCUGGCCGCGGCCGCUGCAAGCCGAUCGAGCAAGUACACCUCGGAUUCUUCCAGUGGUGCCAGAUCGAAGGGCCGCUCCCUGGAGUACGUCCCCACGGUGGUCACCCAGCCGAAGAAGUACAGCCGCUCCUUUGCGAACAGCAAGUACAUCAUCGACAACUCCAAGCCUUCAACGGACCUGGAGUACGACCCGCUUUCCAAUUACUCCGCGAGGCUUUUGAGCAAAGCCAGUGCCAAGGAGCUGAAGGGGACCAAAAGGAACAGGGCAGUCGACCGCCGGGACGCAUAUUCUCCUCCGCUCAAGAAACACUGUGACGCAGCUUCCAGCCCAGAGCCCAUUGCAAAGUUCUCCGACUCGGAAGAUGAUGGAGAUUUGGGAAGUGAAGUGGCUCCAGCCGGUGGUUCGAAACGUAAAGACAGCUCAGAUAGCAAAGGGAGCGACCAGCCGGUGGCCGAAGCGAAGGGGACCCAACAAGAGGACUUGCGCCCUCGGCAGAUGAAGGAGACGGCGGUGCAGUACGACAUGGGAGAUAUCGAAAGCACCCGGGGGACCGGCGUCGGAGAGGCUCCGGAUAAGGAUGCAAAGUCGGCCAAGCCCCUUUCCCACAGGAGCGAGAAAGAGAAAGGGAAAAACAAAGAGGUAACAAGAGACCAAGCGAAAGAGAAAAGUGCAGAGGGUAAGAAGGACGAAGGCAAAGUUGCAGAAAAGGAGAAGACUGGCACAAAGUCGCCCAGGAGAAACGGGGAGAGGAGCGAGAAGAAAUGUGACAAGCCUCACGCUGGCGGAUCUUUAAAGAAACCCGACAAGCUGAAAUCUGGGAAGGGGAUGGGCGGGAGGCAGGAGACCUCUGGGAAGAACAAGAACGAGGGCCACGGCAAAACAUCUAGCGGCGAGAAAGCCAAAAGCUCCAAGAAGGACUCCCGGCUGAGACCUGUCGAUGCCUUAGGCAAGAAAGAGGCACAGGGCGCCAAGCAGAAAGACAGCAAGGCCAAGCUGCUGGCCUCAGAGCGACUGAAGGUGAAGCCGGUGGGCUCCCGGAGUAAGGGCAACGCCAAGGGUGAGUGCCGGGCAAAGCAACGGACCCUGAGCCAUGCCGACCUCUUUGGUGAUGAGAGCGGGGACGAGGAGCCCUUGGCCCAGCCCGCACCGGUGGUUUUCCCCAACGUCAGUUCGGACUCGGAUGGAGACGACGGUGGCUCGCCCCUGCCCCGCUACAACGGGGUGCCCAGCCUGAAGCGCCCCAAGCUGUCCAAAGCCCCCCCGCCUUCCCCCUCCUCGUCCUCCUCUUCUGACGACGUCACUUACUCGGUCCUCGAGAAGGACCUGGAUUUCGAGUCCGACCCAAUGGAGGAGUGCCUCCGGAUUUUUAACGAGUCCACGGACGUGAAGACGGAAGACAAAGGCCGGCUGGGGAAACAGCCAUCCAGAGAGGAAGAGACUCACGAAAAAGUAGCGGAGGACAGUUUAACCACCCUCUUUCCUGGCCAGAAGCGGAGGAUCUCCCACGUGACCAAGCAAGGAAGCGUGGAAGUCCCGAGCAAGCCGGCGGUCCGGCCUUACCGCCUGCCCACAGCCCAAGAGGUCUGCUACCAGAGGAUCCGCCUGGCGCAGCAGCAGGCAGCGCAGCUGACCCUGCAGUCACCCGCACCACCACCCACAGCGCCCCCGAGGAGCUCCCUUGCGCUGCACAAAGGAGAAAAGAAGCGGAUUGCCCACGUGCCCAGCCGUGUGGCUCUGCCGGGGGCCACCCAAUGCGCCCCUGGAGGCCCUCAUAAAACCGUUCCACCCAGGAGCAUGGCAUCUUCCAAUGGCACCGAUGGGUUGUCCCUGAAAGCUCGAACUCUGACCGGGAUGGCCUCCAAGACGACCACCACGAAUGUCCCCAAGAGGGUAGCGCACGCCCCCUCGCUGCAGAGCGCCACCUUAAAGCGGCCGGUUAUCCCGACUGAGUUUGGUGCCAAGGUUCCCACCAACAUCCGCCAGAGGUACCUCAACCUUUUCAUCGACGAGUGCUUGAAGAUCUGCUCUUCGCAGCAGGAAGCCUUCGACAAGGCUCUUUCGGAGGAGAAGGUGGCUUACGAGCGCAGCACCAGCCGGAACAUAUACCUGAACGUGGCGGUGAACACCCUGAAGAAGCUUCGGAGCCUGCUGCCCAGCCCUUCUCAGGGCGCAAACAAGCCCAGCAACAGGAAGAUGGUGUCCCACGAAGCCAUGCUGGGAGGCAAACUGGCCACCAGGAUCAGCUUCUCGCUCAACAGAUCCACCAGCUUGCAGGCGGAGGACCUGACAGGCGCUGCCUUGUAUCGAAGGCUCAAGGAGUACGUGAUGACCGAGGAGCAGCUGAAGGAGAACGGCUACCCGAUGCCGUGUCCCGAGAAGCCUGGCCGGGCCAUCUUGUUCACGGUGGAAGAGAAGAAGACGGCCGACAGUUCCUGCAGAGUUUGUUGCCGCUGUGGGACGGAGUACAUGGUGACGCCGGCCGGGAACUGUGUCCGGAAGGAGGAGUGCGUGCACCACUGGGGGCGGCUGCGCAAGCAAAGGGUGCCUGGUGGCUGGGAGACGCACUACAGCUGCUGCUCGGGAGUGGUGGGUUCGCCAGGCUGCCAGGUGGCAAAACAACACGUCCAGGACGGCCGGAAAGAGAAUCUGGCGGGCUUUGUGAAGACCUUCGAGAAGCUGCCCAGUGCGGAGGGCUAUCCGGGCAUCUACGCCUUGGACUGUGAAAUG